AUGUCACUCCGAACUCUCUUCCGCGGUGCGAUACACGUCGUCCGGUUCUUUCAGAUGGCAAACCUCUCAUUUACCACGUAUACAAUAUGUUACGCGGCAUGGCUACGAAGUCAGGAGUACCGCAACGUUAUAAAGUAUCAUGACGUGUCGAAUCAGACAUUCCUUGACAUGAAGGAAGCCGCUAUGAUCAUAGCAUGCGUUGCCCUGGGUAUCGAGGUCUUCAUCAACUCAGACUUUAACAAACCAUCGGAUCCGCGGUUGUCGAUAAUGAGCCUUGCUGCUUACUCAAUGGGUCUCUGCUUCUACGCCACCAUGCCGGCGGCUCGACAAUACUUGGCGCAUAAUGGUGUGUUAACGGACCUUGGUAACUAUGUCGACUUUUCAAAACUCGACACUGCGUUAUGGCGUACCUCAUUGACGUAUGGGAUGGUUACGUGGGCCUCGAGCGUGGUGUUCGUACUGUCCACAUUUGUGGAUCGAGCAGAAAGAGCCAUUUUACAGAAGUCUGGCAUAAGUGGUGUGGGACUGCAUGCAAUGGAUCAAACCUUUCUUUCGCAUGAUCUCAAGUUAGACACUGGAUCUCCUGUAUGA